CGGACGUGCGCGUCACGUUACUCGUUAUCGAGCGACGAGCACGAUCUUGUCCAAUUAGUACUUACGCGGAAUAAGAGUUGAGUGGCCGGUUAAACGUGUGCGCUCUUUCGGCUCGUUGAGAUAAUAAACGUAAUGCAAUUAUGUGCAAUUUAAGUGUUAAAAAUUAUAAACAAAACUAUGCAUAAGUUAAAGUGAAGUUCAGUGAAAGGAAAACAAUGUGUCUGAUGUGGUUUACGAGCGCUGUAUUGGCGCUUAGCGCUGUUUUACCCGCUUGGAGCGCUUCUUUGUCGGCAACGACAGGAGCGCGAUAUCAAGCGCCUGAUGAAUGCCGCUGGACUACUGACGACGAAGAUUCCGGUGUUGCAUUACAGUGCCGAUUAAGAACGAUAAAUAGCGAAUUAGAAAACACUAACUUCAGUGCCAUCCAACCACAUCUCACUGUACGACUGCGCCUUGAAUGCAGCGAUGCCCUUUUCUUUCAAAGCUCUCUCUCACCUGGGAGCUUUCGACAGCUAAUAGAGUUGCGAGAGCUAACAAUUGAGUACUGCAAAAUAGGAAACCUUUCUGAUGGGGCUUUUACCGGUCUCCGUGAACUAAGGAAUCUGACUAUAAGAACUCACAAUACCGACUGGUCUACAAUGUCACUUGAAAUCACACCUACCGCAUUUUCGAGAGAUGUACAGAACCUGGAACGAUUAGAUCUCAGUGAAAAUAAUAUGUUGACAUUUCCUGAGGGCGCGCUUUGCUCAUUACGGAACCUGGAAUAUUUGAAUGUAACUGGAAACAGAAUGAGAGAUGUCAGUCAUUUCCAAUUUUCAACAGCACACCGACAUCCUACGGAGAAAUGUGGGGAUAACUUAUUAAUCCUGGACUUAUCGAGGAAUGUUAUCGAUACACUGCCACCUGGUCUCCUCUCAGGCUUAAGAAGACUGCAGAAAUUGUACUUGCAGGGAAACGGCCUCAAUUCUGUGGCAGAUAGAGCUCUGGAAGGACUCAUUUCCUUAACUACUAUUAGAUUUUCUGACAAUCAGCUGACUAGCCUGCCACCUGAACUGUUUAGUGAUACGAAGGAAUUAAAAGAAAUUUACUUAAAUAACAAUACAAUUACAGUGCUAGCUCCUGGAUUAUUUAGCGACCUUUUUCAACUCCUAGUUUUGGAUUUGUCCUAUAACGAAUUAACCUCAGAUUGGAUAAAUACUUCUACAUUUUCUGGAUUAAAACGUCUAGUAUUUUUAGACUUUUCUCAUAACAGAGUGUCAAAAAUGGAAAUUGCACUAUUUAGAGAUUUACAUAACCUACAAAUAUUGAAAAUGCAAGAUAAUUUUAUUGAACACAUUUCAGAAAACGUUUUUAGCUCCCUUAGCAAUUUACAUACGUUAAUAUUAUCAAAUAAUAGACUCACGAACAUUGAAAGUUUUUCAUUCAUUGGCUUGCCGGUUUUAUCUGUCUUAUCCAUUGACAGCAACCGCAUUUCAAAAAUACACCCGCAUGCCUUGCGCAACUGCACUUCUUUACAAGAUUUACACAUAAAUGGAAAUCGAUUAGACGAAGUUCCUAUAGCCUUGAAAGAAAUACCUCAAUUGAAGACCCUAGAUCUCGGAGAAAAUUUAAUAGUAAGCAUCGAAAACGCUUCUUUUAUGACAAUGCAACAAAUGUACGGAUUACGAUUAACUGAAAACAAUAUUGGAAACAUCAGCAAGGGCGUAUUUGACAAAAUGACAUCACUGAAAAUUUUAAACCUGUCUAGAAAUAAAAUUCACAAAAUUGAAGCGGGCGCUUUUGAUGGAAAUAUUAACUUACAAGCAAUAAGACUAGAUGGAAAUUACUUGACCGACAUUGGUGGACUUUUCGCCAAGUUACCUAAUUUGGUAUGGCUGAACAUUUCCGAUAAUCGCCUAGAAUGGUUCGAUUACGCUAUGAUUCCAACUGGAUUGCAGUGGCUGGACAUUCACGCUAACAGAAUUGCUGAACUUGGGAAUUACUUUGAAAUUGAAUCUCAGCUAUCGCUUAGUACUUUCGACGCCAGUUCUAAUAGGUUAACGGAGAUUACUGGAAGUGCAAUACCUAACUCUGUGGAGAUGCUGUAUUUGAAUGAUAAUUUAAUAUCCAAGGUUCAGUCCUACACGUUCUUUAAGAAACCCAAUUUAACAAGAGUGGAUUUGUACGGAAACAAAAUUACAAGUUUGGACCCGAAUUCCUUGAGGAUAUCUGCUGUUCCGCAAGACAAAUCAGUACCAGAGUUUUUUAUUGGAGGAAACCCAUUAGAAUGCGACUGUACAAUGGAGUGGUUACAAAAAAUAAAUACUGGAAAUAGAGCUCGGACUCAACCUAAGUUAAUGGACUUGGACAGCAUUUACUGUAAACUACUCUACAACCGUGGUAAUGCAUACGUACCAUUAGUAGAAGCUGCUCCACACCAGUUUUUAUGUAAAUACGAUUUUCAUUGCUUUGCACUCUGUCACUGUUGUGAUUUUGACGCAUGUGACUGUGAAAUGACAUGCCCAAACAAUUGCACUUGUUAUCAUGAUCAGUCGUGGUCUGCCAACGUUGUGGAAUGUUCUAAUGCUGGAUAUAUUAACUCGUUACCUGAAAGAAUACCAAUGGAGGCCACGCAACUGUACUUAGAUGGCAAUGAUAUAAAAGUUUUACCAAGUCACGCAUUUAUCGGCAGAAAAAGGUUGAAAAUACUGUAUCUGAAUUCAUCACACAUAGAGAACAUUCACAAUAGGACAUUUAAUGGAUUAAAAGAAUUGGAAGUUCUACACCUAGACUAUAAUAGCUUGACAGUGGUUGAAGGGCAAGAAUUUGACGGCCUAGAUAAUUUACGUGAAUUGUACAUAAACAAUAAUAAAAUCAAAACAAUAGGAAAAGAAAUGUUCAAUCAUAUGUCGCGGCUGAAAAUACUACACCUUCAUCAUAACAGAUUAGUAACGUUAACAGUGUGGCAAAUCAAUCCGGCAAUUACUUCAAUAACACUAUCGGAAAACCCUUGGUCAUGUGAUUGUGAAUAUACGGAGAUGUUUCGGGAAUGGACUAAGCGUGUAAGCUCGAUAACCGAUUUAUCAAGCAUACGAUGUGUCUAUUCAAAAACCAACAACACAGAAAUAGCAACGUACAAUGCAAGCAUAUUCAAUGACACAAACUCCGGCUUCAAAAUCAGUGAUGAAAAUGGUACGAUAUGCACUGGAUUACCAAGCAUAAACAACAGUAUAAACGGCAAUUUGACCGCUACAAAAACCAUUAUGACCAACGAAGAAGUACAAGAUUACAUUCCAUUGCUUUGUGUAGCUCUAGGAGCAGUCCUACUAGUAUUAAUUGUAAUUACCAUUGUUUUUAAAUAUAGACAACCAAUGAGAGUGUGGUUCCAUUCCAAGUUCGGUGUGCGGCUGUUCUAUAAAGCAAGUGACAUAGACCGUGACGAUCGUGAAAAGCUAUACGACGCUUUUGUGAGUUAUAGUUCCAAAGACGACGCCUGGGUGACCGAGAAACUGGCGCCUGUGUUAGAACGCGGAGAUCCCCCUUAUAAACUGUACUUGCACUAUCGUGACUUCCCAGUGGGUGGUUAUGUGGCCGACAAUAUCAUACAAGCGGUAGAAUCGUCGCGUCGUACUAUAAUGGUGCUCAGUGAGAACUUUAUAAAAUCCGAAUGGUGUCGUUUUGAAUUUAAAUCAGCACAUCACCAAGUGUUAAGAGAUAGGCGAAAAAGACUAAUAGUGGUGAUACUAGGUGAAGUGCCCCAAAAGGACUUAGAUCCUGAUAUAAGACUGUACUUAAAAACUAAUACGCAUUUUAAUUGGGGCGACAAAUUGUUCUGGGAGAAACUACGAUUCGCGUUACCCGAUGUUCCUGACAAACAGAGGUGUCGGGGCAUGCCUAGCCCGGGAGCCGGCGCCGUGCCAAUGCAUCGACAUCAUCACCCAAGGAACCACUUGGGUGCGUUACCACCGCCGCCGGUGCACGGCGCCCAUCCCGUGCUGCCUCCGCACCCCUCUCAUACCCAACACCAGAUGCCAACACGAGGCUCGCCUCGUAACCUCUCCGUCCAUGUGUAGUUUAAAACGAACUGAGUGGAAGUGUCGUGGACUGACGUGCAGUGACUAAGUGUUAAUGUGAUGGCUAGUCGGUUAUCGUAUGUAUUGUAAAUAUACCUUUUAAUAAUAGUCAUAGAUUAAGGUUGUAAAUAGCUUGAUUACCGAUUACAAAAAGCAUUUGUCGUUUUAAGUUAGCAUCAAUCACAAAAUUGGUCAAAGUAUGAUUAAUGAUAGAUGAUAAUGUGUUUGUACAAAACUUGUAUUAGGCCUAAUAAGGCUGUGCUUGCUGGACAAAACUAGCCGAUUAAUACGAUACUUAUAUAGUAGUUAAAAAUGGCGCUGUUGCCGCAAUCUGUGAUAAAUUAGUUAUAAAUAGGUAUUUUUCGUAUCAUUAAUGUAUAUUUUGUAAUUUAGUCAUGACGAAAGAACAUAUUUAUUGUAAAAAUUCAAAAAUGGACUGUGUCAAAAGUGAUAAAGAGAAUAAAAUACGAUUUUAAAUGAAA